AUGGAACGCGUUGUUCAGACUUACCAGGACUUUUGGGAAGAACUGGAGCCCAACACCAGCCGGGCAGGGUGGACAGAGGAACGCAAGUUUGAUGAGGGCACUCCAGAUGAACACAAGUACACCAUAUCUCUGACAGACGACGCCAAAAAGUAUAAAAAGGACGAGUGCCUCAACUCAUUCAAGCGCAUCAUACACGGGUGCGACAAGGAGGAUGACGAUAACCCACUGAGCUGGAAGCAUGGCGGCAGUUGGCAGCGCGGUCAGUACGAGUACCGGCUCGACAUUAUGCGGAAGAAUCGACCCCAGAACCUCAAGGAGCCUUUUGGCACAUGCAGAGGGAACAACCACUUUUGCUGGGACCAUGGGAAGAAGACGCUCCUCCCGAGCAUAAAGGACUGUCUGGGCGAGGGCGUUACGGACUUCGAAUUUGAGUACUUUGACGGGCCCAACCAGUUCGGACACGAGUGGCUGGCGACGUUCAAUACACCCGGUCUUGUCAACUCUCGGUGCUUCAAGAACAAUAAGGUGGUGUUUGCGGCGCAUGGAUUUACAGAUGGCUAUGAAGGUGAUGAUUUCUGA